AUGGGCAAGUAUGCGAAAUAUUCUAAAAAGUAUAAUGCUGAUUGGGAAUUAUUACCAUGUUUUUCUAAGUGGCUUCAACGUGCAUCGGAAGCUUAUGCUGGAAAAGGUGAAGCGUUUUGUAAAAUCUGUAGAGUGCCCUUAAAAGCACAUAAAACUGAUCUUUUAAAACAUGCGAAAACAAUAACACAUAUCAAUAAAGCCAAUUCUUUUGAUGUUCAAAGACAGCCCGUUUUAGCCUCAUUCGGUAUUGCUGUUAAAUCUGAUGAACAAAAAAUACGUGAUUUAAAAUUAUCAAUGUUUAUCGCUAAUCAUUCAGCAAUUCGUUCCAUAGACCAUCUUGGAGAGUUAUUGAAAAACAUUGGUGGUAGUGAGUUCCAGAAUUUAGAACUACAUCGAACAAAAUGUUCCAUGUUAAUUAUGAAUGUAAUUGCUCCAGUAUAUUUUAAUGAACUGAUAGAAGAUAUAGGUGCUAGUUCAUAUUCUCUUAUUCUUGACGAAUCCACAGAUAUUGGCACAAAUAAAUAUAUGGCCUUUUGUGUACGGUAUUAUAGUAGUGUACAACUAGACAUAAUCACCGACUUCCUAGGGUUUGUUGAAAUUGAAAAGGCGACUUCUGAAAUUCUAAAGACGGAAAUAAUUCCACAUCUUCAGUUAAUUAAAUGUGUCUGCCAUUCGCUAAACAUAUGUGCUUCAAAUGCAUGCGAUGAAUUGCCAAGUAGUUUGGAAUUUUUG